GCGUUUGCGCAGAUUGGCAACCUCACUACCUCUCCCAAACCGGCGCAAUCACCCUUCAGGACCAAGGUGAACACGGGAUCCACGAGCAACCAAGGCAUUUAGGACACAAUAUAUACGUCUAUUCCCUCUUCUCGACAGGGUCUGCAGUUGCCAGCUGCGUUCACCCGAUCGACUGUCCACUAUUCUUCUUCAUUUCUCGGUUGUCGAUCGCGGCGCCACGCGCUAUCUGGCAACAUAUCACCAGUUGUCCAUUAUGUCCGAGGAAACUGAAGACGAUUACAUACAAGUGAAAGGCGUCAAACUUUUUCCGGCAGUGGAUGAUGAGAGGAAAAUAACAUGCAAAGGCAAAUCGAUCAUAGUAUAUGAUCCUAAUGCGCCCAUGGAUACAGAGCCAUCUUGGCAACACCAUAGCGCUACUGAAUAUGGGACGGGUAUCGUCCCUAAGGGGUACGUAGUCCGCGUGAUAGGGGCAUUCGUGAAGUUCACGUAGUCGCCAGCUGGAAUGUCUCGAUUACCUCUAGUCCUUCGAUAUAGCCAAC